AUGGCUUCAUCAACCUCCUCGAAAAAAUCCCGGCCUCUGCUAAUUCCACAUAAACGCGCUCUCUUGCCCUUACCAACCAACAAGAUAGGUCCGAAGGUAUACAAAGUCCUCAAUCCUAGCGCCACCCCUGCAGGAAUAAGCAUCAAAAAGUCAUACGAAGAGGCCACCGAAGAAAGAAAAAAGCCCACAAGUUCCAGCAAGCAUAAUAAAAGCACAGUCGAAAACGAAGAAGACUAUGAGCCCCAACCGCCGCGCUUCGAAGUAUCAUUCUCUAUGCCGCCACAACCUUUCCUUGACCCACCAACCUGGGAAGCGAUGCUCAAGCACAGCCGCGAGAGACUCUCAGCUCAGUCAGUAGAUGAUGGAUCGGGUUCGGGGGUGGAUCAUGAAGAUGAAUCGGCUGAGCGAAUGAGACAACAAGUGGAGCGCGAGACGGAGUAUGGGUCCAUGGCUAUUCGGGGCCGGUCGAGUGUACGUGGGCGUGGAAAGAGAGGAAGGGGAAGAGGCAAUGUCUACUGGGGUGGUAGACGCUGA